UCAAGGCAACAAAUUUCAAUUACAAGCCCUAAUUUGUGUCCGCAGAGCGUUUGUUACCCAUGUCAGUCCUGCCUGGCCCAUCAGACGGGGCAGAACGUGGAGGAGGAGGAGGAGGGGGAGAGAAGGAGCGCAUCUGCAGAGAGGAAUAGAUUUUUUUUUUCCCCUCUCUUUAAAAACCUCCCCCCCACAAAAAAAAAAAAAAAAGACCCAAACAAACAAGGAAAAAAAAACACCCAAACUUGGCUGAUAACUCGGAUUUAAAAAGAAAGGCGAGGAAAAGCCCCAGCCCCUUGCCUGCGCGGUCGGGAGGACGGGAGGGCGGACGGCGCGGCAGGCCGGGCGCGGGUGCCGGUGCCGGCGCCUGGAUGCGCGGGCUGUAGGGCAGCGGGCAUGGCCGACAAGCGGCGGUCCUCGCCCGGCACCACCAUGAGCCUGAAGGCUCACGCCUUCUCCGUGGAGGCGCUGAUCGGGGCCGAGAAGCAGCAGCAGCAGCAGCAGCCGCCGCCGCCGCGGCAGCCCAAGCGGCGGAAGCUGGGCGGCGAGGACGAGGCGGCGGAGGACGAAGGGGGCAGCGGCUGCUGCGCCAAGAGCUCCCCCAACACCACCACCAGCACCUCCUCCACCACCGCCAGCGGCAGGACCUGCGGCGACAUGGAACCGGGCGCUGCCGCCCGCGCCCCCGCCGGCGGCUGCGAGGAAGGCUUCCUGGCGGCCUCCCCGCCCGCCUCCCCCGGCGGCUCCCCCAAGGGCUCCCGGCCCGGCUCUCCGCUGCCCGCGCCGCGGGUGGAUCUGCAGGGCGCCGAGCUCUGGAAGCGCUUCCACGAAAUCGGCACCGAGAUGAUCAUCACCAAGGCGGGAAGGCGGAUGUUUCCCGCAAUGAGAGUGAAGAUCUCAGGUUUAGACCCACAUCAGCAGUAUUAUAUUGCUAUGGAUAUUGUGCCAGUGGAUAACAAAAGAUACAGGUAUGUUUAUCAUAGCUCCAAGUGGAUGGUGGCUGGUAACGCUGACUCCCCGGUACCUCCUCGUGUUUAUAUUCACCCCGAUUCACCCGCCUCUGGGGAGACGUGGAUGAGACAAGUGAUCAGUUUUGACAAGCUGAAGCUUACCAAUAAUGAGCUGGACGAUCAAGGGCAUAUUAUCCUUCACUCUAUGCAUAAAUACCAGCCUCGUGUCCAUGUCAUCCGAAAAGACUGUGGAGAUGAUCUGUCCCCUGUCAAGCCUAUCCCUUCAGGAGAAGGGGUGAAAGCCUUCUCCUUUCCAGAGACAGUUUUCACUACCGUCACAGCAUACCAAAAUCAACAGAUAACUCGUCUGAAGAUCGAUAGGAAUCCAUUUGCCAAAGGGUUUAGAGACUCUGGACGCAACAGGAUGGGACUGGAAGCUCUAGUAGAGUCUUAUGCCUUUUGGAGACCUUCGCUGCGGACACUUACAUUUGAAGAUAUACCUGGGAUACCCAAACAAGGAAAUGCAGGUUCCUCUACUUUACUCCAGGGAUCUGGCAGUGGAGUGCCAUCUACCCACCCUCACCUCUUACCAGGUUCCCCUUGCUCAUCUCCAGCCUUCCACCUCAGUCCCAACACUAGCCAGCUCUGUAGCCUUGCUCCAGCUGACUACACAGCUUGUGCCCGCUCAGGCUUGACCCUGAACAGAUACAGCACUUCCUUGGCUGAAACCUACAACAGGCUCACAAACCAAACCAGUGAGACAUUUGCACCCCCGAGGACUCCCUCCUAUGUCGGUGUGUCGAGCAGCACAACUGUGAACAUGUCUAUGAGCGGCAACGACGGCGAUGCCUUCAGCUGCCCACAGACUGGCUUAUCUAUGCAGAUUUCAGGGAUGUCUCCACAGCUCCAGUACAUCAUGCCAUCCCCAUCCAGCAAUGCCUUUACCACUAAUCAAACCCACCAAGGCUCCUACAACACGUUUAGACUGCACAGCCCCUGUGCGCUCUAUGGAUAUAACUUUUCCACGUCCCCUAAACUGGCUGCCAGUCCUGAGAAAAUUGUUUCUUCCCAAGGAAGUUUCUUGGGGUCCUCGCCAAGUGGAACCAUGACGGAUCGGCAGAUGUUGCCCCCUGUGGAAGGAGUGCACUUACUUAGCAGUGGGGGGCAGCAGAAUUUCUUUGACUCUAGGACCCUAGGAAGCUUAACACUCUCAUCUUCUCAAGUGUCUGCACAUAUGGUUUGAUGAAGCCUUUAAGUAAAAGUACAGUAUGUUUGGUGUCUACAGUGUAUUUCUUUUGGAAUAUGAAAGGACAGCUGAUGUAGCUUGUAAAGUGUGUGUAUAUAUAAUACGAGAGGAAGUUUCACUGAAUUUUUGACUUGCUUGUGGCCAGAUUAUUCUCCUAGUUUGAGUUACACAGAGUUUGUUGCGGCGCAGACUGCUUUAGUUUUCUGGUAUAAUACACUUAGUUGUAUAACACGUUGGAACAUAUGCAACAAAUUAAGUAAGACUUCCUCCCCUUUGCCCCUCCUCUGUUCUAACCCCUUUAAAGAAUGAAAUGACACUUGGAGUAUUAAACAACACAAACAAGCCCAGUUACAUUUCCUUAAGUACUAGUAGAUUUCUUUAAAGCAUUCAUACAAUGAUAAGCUGAUGCACCAAAGGCAUUUUACAAGUUUGUUCUCUGUUAAAAGGGAUACAAAGAGUAUUUGGACUUUAAAGUGUUAAGCAACAAGCAUCCAGCCUAAAAUAGAAGUUUAGCUAAUGGAUUAUUUACAAAGUAAACAGAAAGAUUAGUUUGUCUUCUCAUGAUAUGCUGUUUUUAGCUUAUCAACAGCACAGCAUUCUUACUAGGAUUUAUUUUUUUCAGCAUUAAUCUAGAUUUAUGUUUAAAUAUUUGAAGACAAAUAAUGCAUAUUCAAAUUGUGAUAGGAGCAAUUUAAACCAACAGCAGAAGAAGUGGCAUUCCUUGGCACAGAAUGAAUUGGAGGUGCUUCAUUUUUGUCAAAGCAAGGGCUUAAUGUUGAUGCAUUUUUUCCUCCAUAAAUAUUGCUUAUAAGACAUUUACUGGACAGUAGGAUAUUCUAAUGUAUCUUUGUUUUUGUAUUUUUGCUUUUUUAAGGGAAGAUGGAGGUUUGCUUUAGGAAAAAAAAAAAACAAGUGAGCAGGAUGAGAAAUUCCAUUAAUGGUUUUACCCUUUUGUGUAUGUUUUCUGUUCUGUUUUUUUUGUUUGGUUUGGUUUUUUGUUUGCUUUUUUUUUUUUUUAAAUAAGGGCAAAAAGUCCUUCAUCCUCAGUAUCUCAUCAUUGCCUGUAGCAAUUAGGCAGAUGACCCAGUUUGCCUGCAGAUGUUGCUGGAAGCAGAACUUUGUCGUAGCUGCCUCCCUGUAACAUGGCCAAACUGAGACCAGGAUUGCAAUAGGCAAAAUUCCUUUAAUAGUUUACUUUGAACACUCCAGCAUGACACCUACAGCCUGUGUCCCUCCCUCCAGGGAGCCAUCUGUCUUCCUCUUUCUCCUUUCUGACAUGAGCUUAGUGCUGCUCAGUUUCUCAGUCACUUUAUGCUCUGGAACUGGGAGAGGCUCCCUUCCUUCCUAGCUCUGGUUUUAACUGGUGCUUGUAAGAACACAGAUCACAAGCUGCUCCUGACCAGGCUUCUCCAGAGAGACAAGGACAUGGGGAGACACUUGUGAGAUUUCUGCCCUCAUGUGCACCUGCACAGCCCUGGUGUCUGUCAGUCUUGCUGCAAAGCUGCCUCUCAGCUGCCUGCCUGUCAGAGCUGAACCAUGGAGGUUGUAGAACAGAUUUUACUGCUUGAGAGAGAGAGUGAGUCUUCAACAGUAGGCUAAACCUUCUUUAUAUUGUGUAGGAGAUGUAAAGGCAUUACAAAGUGGGUACAAAUGUAGUUGAAAAUGCAUCCCUGGUCAGCAUUGAAGGAGAGUAAGGCCUUUCAGAUUUUUCGUUUUCCUAUGUUAGAUUUCUUGGUGAAGGUGGAUUGUUAUGUUUUCCAAGAUUUACUACAACUUUUCUGGCAAACAGUGGGCUCAACAUCUCCCACUUCAAGAAGGACUUGCAGCUAAUAUUUCUUCAGUGGGUUGGAGAUAAUGCAUGCAGAAACAGUCCUCUCACUAUCUCUUUAUUAUUUGGGAAUAGAAGAGAAACCACAGCAGCCUUUAAGGGGAGGACUUUAUUUUUAUUAGUUACAUAUUUGUUUAUGCUAAAGAACACACAUAGAAAGUUCUCAUUCAAAGCUGGAAAGACAAAAAGAUGACCCUGCAAUUGAGGAGAUGUAGGUUUGCUUCUUUGCUGUCACCAACUUCUCAAGUGACCUUGGGCAACUCACUCAGCCUCUCUGUUUGGUUUUCUUUUAAUUCUGCAAAAUGUGGUAAUAGCACUUCUCUGCCUCACAGUAAAUGGUGACAGUACCUUUAAGAUAAUCUUUACAUCUGCUGUGCUGUGAAUGGUAUGUUACAGAUGAAUGGCUAAGGUAGAGUUUCAUGUAUGAGGAUAAGAAAGAGUGUCUGUGGACUUCAGAUCCAUCACCAGUUUUGGCAUUGCAGUGUCCUUUUGGGCAGACCUGCUAGCAGAGACCUGCAAUGCUAAAAACACUGUUAAAAGAACUCAACUAAGAGUUUGUGAAAUGCUUCUAAGAUGUGUAGAAUAUGGACAAAUUUUCAGUUAUGUAAAUUGUUGUAGCUCUAUUGCUCUAAAUUAACAAGAAAUGUGUGUAUACAGCCAAAACUUUGAAAUUAUGCAGUUGGACAAGUCUUUACAUGGGAAAAAUGAUACAAUUGAUCUGUACUUGAAAAAGGUUAAAUAUGAUUACCCAUGUCAUCUUAAGGGCUGUGACUAGGUAGAAAUGUGGAAGAGCUAGAUCCUGCAUGUUCCUACAGGGGGGAAAAAAGGUUGUGUGUGGAUAUUGAUGGAGGUGCUCUUGGCAAGAGUAUGUACUUUAUCAUCUGGGAAUUUUUUAGAACUGGUCUCUUAUUUUUCCUCAAAUUAUUCUUGUCAUAUAACCACACAAUAUUGUUUGAAACAUUUGUUUCUGAAAUUUUGAAUCGUAUUGUACAUAUUUACUGGUGUGUCAUUGUGAAAAGAUUAGCUUUUUAUCAAUAUAGUAAAUGCUAUAUAUGCAUUAUAUCUAUAAUUAUAUAUCUGUAUUUUACAAAAAUGCCACAGAAAAUAUAUUAAA